GUGCCCAUCUGUGGAAACGGGCCGCUGGUCGACAAGGUCAAUGUGGGACGGAUCUCGAGGUCCGGUAAAUGGACCCAGACGGAUCAUGAGCGCCUUGACCGUCUACUCGGCACCGAAAUCGGUCGGUUCUGUGGUUGUAGCGGGACUAUUCCGGCCCUAUUUUCCGAGUCCCUGACGACCCUACCGGUCUGAGGCUCUCUCUUCUAUCUCUCUCUUUAUCUCCUGGACCACACUGGCAAGCGUUGGCAGAAUGGACUUUGAUCAUUAUGAACGCUGCGACAGAAGACAAGAUGGUCCCGGCAUAGAAGAAGUUAGUGAAAUAGAUCCGCUCAUUCCGCUGGACCUGGACUCGGAAGCUCAAGAGAGAAGGCUCUUGAGGAAAUUAGAUAAGAGGAUCCUGCCAAUACUAUGCCUGCUUUACCUAUUUGCUUACCUUGAUCGGUCAAACCUCGGCAAUGCUCGAUUACAGGGGUUGCCCGAAGAUGUUCUUGGUGGAGAUCCAACUGGGGUACUAUUUGACUGGGUCAAUUCUGCCUUCUUUUUCACCUAUAUACUCCUGCAAAUUCCGUUCACGGUCCUCUCGAAGUAUUACAAUCCACGCAUAUGGAUUGGCUGCUCUGCUAUCUUGUGGGGGAUAUGUUCCACAUCAAUGGCAACCGCGCAUACUUUCACUGGCCUGGUGAUUGCUCGGCUUGGGCUAGGAACUUUCGAAGCAGCCUUUGGAGGUGCUGUCGUAUUAUACUUCUCUUUCUACUAUACCAAGGCCGAGUGUGGUACUCGCAUCGCAUACUGGUUCGGGUUUGCAGCUGUCGCAGGGGCAUUUGGGGGGCUCAUCGCUUACGGGAUCCAACAUGUCAAGGCAUCGGUUGCGAACUGGAGGUUGCUUUUCCUGUUAGAGGGCACACCAACGAUGCUCCUAGGUUUACUCUGUCUAUUCAUACUUCCGGACCGUCCGGAGUCCACGCAGUUCCUUACCGCAGCGGAACGUAAAAUUGCGAUCAGCCGCAUGAACAGAGGGACAAGUGGUGACUUUGGUGCAGUUGUCCGUCGAAGUCACGUUAUUGCGGCUUUCCAGGACUGGAGGAUCUACGUAGGUGGGGUAAUUUACUUUGGCCUCAACUGUGCUUUGGCAUCGUUGUCGGCCUUCUUACCGACUAUUAUUGGUACCAUGGGGCAUGAAAAUGCGAUGGCUCAACUGAUGACAGUGCCGCCAUACGCUGUAGCUGGUUUCGUGCUCAUGAUUACGUCUUAUUCAUCCGACAGGCUACAGAUUAGGGGACCCUUACUUGUCUGUACCAGCGCAAUUGGUGGUCUGGGUUAUAUGAUACUGCUCGGCGCUACUCAUCAGCAAGACGUGCGCUAUGGCGCAACAUUUCUUAUUACUAGCGGAACCUAUUCUAGCAUCGGCUUGAUGAACGCUUGGUUUAGCCAUAAUCUCGGCUCUGAAACAAAGAGAGCCGCUGGGAUUCCCCUCUACGGUGCUAUUGGGCAAAUCGGAGGCAUCUUGGGAUCCCAUGUCUACCCCUUGACAGAAGGUCCUGCUUACACGAAUGGAUUCACUGUUUCUGCGUCCCUGCUCUUUUUGGCGGCACUAUGCGCACUCUUGUUGAGCGUUUCCUUCCGUUUGGACAAUAUGCAGCGAGAUCAGCAGUAUGGGAAGCCAGAUCCAGACGGUAUGGUAGAUACGUCAGAGCUCGCAGACAAAGCUCCUGGAUUCCGAUACGUUCCGUAGCAGAUAAGUAAUCGUUGCUUCUCAUCCGAUUCAUUACGGCACUUGUAAAGAUUAAUGUGCGUAAUCGAUGAAAUACACAUGUAUUAUUGUUUCUUCAUGCUUCUUCAAGUCCUCACAGUAUUUGAUAUCACUUUCCCUUCUUCACUACUAG